AUGGCACAAACCUCAGGAUAUGAAGAUACCAAUUUUAAGGAAGCGAAUGUCAUACCCACUAAAUCAGGGAAGGUUGUAGAACCAACCGCUCUACCUAGAGAGAAUGAAAAAGAGCCAAGUGAGCCUAAUGAGACCAGUCCUAGUGAGGAAGUAGUGGAAAAUCUAGCUAGAAUACCUUUUCCUCAAGCUCUCAAGUCUACUUCAAAAUCAACAGUCUUUAAGCACUUAUGCACUGUAAAAAGGAAGCAUCAUAUAAAAAAAACUGCCUUCUUGACUGAGCAAGUAACUGCUGUGAUAGAACAAAAGAUCCUACCAAAGUAUAAGGACCCUGGUUGUCCUACCAUUUCUUAUGUCAUUGGGAACCGUAAGUUUGUACUAGCCCUUCUUGAUUUAGGAGCUAGUGUCAACUUCAUGUCUUAUGCUAUAUACUUGUUACCUUUCCUUGCUAUAGCUAAUGCUCUUAUCAAUUGCAGAAAUGGCCUGAGGAAGCUGAAAUUUGGAAAUAUGACUCUAAAAGUUAAUAUUUUCCAUAUCACCAAACAACCUACGGAGGAUGAUGAAUGCCAUCAAACCUACAUGAUUGAUGCAUUCACCCAGGAGGAAGCAUCCACAAUAAUUGAUUCUGAUCCUUUGAACUCUUUUUUCCUAAAUUCUGAAAUUUCAUGUGGUUUCGAUGAUCAUAGGACUUCAUCAUGGCAGCCCAAGUUUGAGGAAUUGCCAAAAAGGACUGGAGGACAGAAACCAUCAAUUAUUGAAAGCCUUAGGCCAGAAUUGAAACAACUUUCUACAGGACUAAAACAUGUGUUCCUUGGACCAGAGGAAAGGGCUAAUCCUAGGAGAGACCCACAAUGUAGGCUAAACCCCACAAUGAAGAAAGUGGUAAAGAAUGAGGUACUUAAAUUGCUAGAUGCAAGAAUCAUUUACCCAACUGCAGACAGUAAAUGGGUUAGCCCUACACAGAUAGUCCUCAAGAAGUCAGAUGAUUGCAUAGAAGUUUUUAUGGAUGACUUGACUAUCUUUGGGACCCGCUUUGAUGCAUAUCAUGCAGCCUUUAAGCACCUUCUUGGAAAGAAGGAUGCUAAGGGAGUGGAAAAUGUUGUAGCAGACCAUCUGUCAAAGCUGACUUUUGAAGAUAACUCAAACACCUUGCCAAUUAGAGAUGAAUUUCCUGAUGAAAAUUUAUUUACUAUCUCUUCUCUAUCAUGGUUUGCUAAUAUUGUGAAUUACUUGAAUCUAAGUGAAAUUCCAAAGGAGUGGAGUGCACAGGAUAAGAGAAAAUUCUUGGUUGAUAUACCCAGUGUACUUGAUUUUUGCGAUACCCAAACUUGUGGGGGCCACUUUUAUGAAAAAGACUGCUACAAAAAGUUUGCAGUAGAGACGGUUGCUUGUAGAGCCAAUGACAAUAAAACGGUUGUUAAAUUCCUGAAAGAAAAUAUUUUCUCUCAAUUUGGUACACCACAUGUUAUCAUUAGUGAUCGAGGCACACAAUUUUGCAAUCGUUUAUUUGAGGCACUAAUGAAAAAGUAUGGGGUGAUUCAUAAAAUUUCCACUUCUUAUCACCCACAAACUAGUGGACAAAUAGAAUUGGCUAAUAGGAAAAUUAAACAAAUUUUGGAAAAGACGGUGAACCCUAAUCGUAAUGAUUGGUCGUUGAGACUGAAUGAUUUACUUUGGGCUUAUCGUACAUCUUUUAAGAUUUCUUUCAAUUGA